AUGGAGGCCAUGGAGGAGCUGUCGGAGCUCGCCGAGUCGAUGCGCCAGGCGGCGUCGCUCCUCGCCGACGACGACCCCUCCGACGACGCCGCGCCGCGCCGCCCCACCACCUUCCUCAACGCCGUUGCCCUCGGCAACGUCGGCGCUGGCAAGUCCGCCGUGCUGAACAGCCUCAUCGGCCACCCGGUCCUGCCGACGGGGGAGAACGGGGCGACGCGGGCGCCGAUAGUGGUUGACCUUCAGAGGGAGCCGGGGCUCAGCAGCAAGGCCAUCGUGCUGCAGAUCGACAGCAAGUCGCAGCAGGUCUCCGCAAGUGCCCUCCGGCAUUCACUGCAGGACAGACUCGGUAAGGGGGCGUCUGGUGGAUCAGGGAGGGGCCGUGCUGAUGAGAUUUACCUCAAGCUGCGGACGAGUACAGCUCCCUCAUUAAAGCUGAUUGAUUUACCUGGGAUAGACCAGCGAGCUGUUGAUGAUUCCAUGAUCAAUGAGUAUGCUGGGCACAAUGAUGCAAUACUGCUCAUUGUCAUACCUGCAAUGCAAGCUGCUGAUGUCGCAUCGUCCCGAGCUCUGAGGUUGGCCAAGGAUAUCGAUUCAGAUGGGACAAGAACUGUUGGUGUUAUCAGCAAAGUUGAUCAAGCAAAUGGAGAUGCAAAAACUAUAGCUUGUGUUCAGGCCCUACUGUCGAACAAGGGUCCAAAAAACCUUCCUGACAUCGAGUGGGUUGCUCUAAUUGGACAAUCUGUUGCGCUUGCAUCAGCACAAUCAGUUGGGUCUGAAAACUCGCUAGAAACAGCUUGGCGAGCUGAAGCCGAAAGCCUGAAAAACAUCUUAACUGGAGCUCCUCAGAAUAAGCUUGGUAGAACUGCUUUGGUUGACACAAUUGCUAAGCAAAUCCGUAAAAGAAUGAAAGUGCGGGUUCCUAACCUAUUGAGUGGCCUUCAGGGUAAGUCUCAAAUGGUGCAAGAUGAACUGGCAAGGCUGGGAGAAUCUAUGGUACAAAGUCCCGAAGGAACACGGGCAGUUGCUUUGGAGCUGUGCCGAGAAUUUGAGGACAAGUUUCUUGCUCACAUAACAUCUGGUGAGGGAUCUGGUUGGAAAAUUGUUGCAAGUUUUGAAGGAAAGUUUCCAGACAGAAUUAAACAGCUACCGUUGGACCGACAUUUCGAUCUCAACAAUGUCAAAAGGAUUGUUUUGGAAGCCGAUGGUUAUCAACCAUAUUUGAUAUCUCCAGAGAAAGGGUUGAGAUCCUUAAUAAAAAUAGUACUGGAAAUGGCAAAGGAGCCAUCACGACUAUGUGUUGAAGAGGUUCAUCGUGUAUUGUUAGACAUAGUCAGUGCUUCCGCAAAUGCCACACCAGGACUUGGAAGGUAUCCUCCAUUCAAGCGUGAGGUUGUUGCAAUAGCAUCAAAUGCAUUGGAGACCUUCAAAAAUAAUGCCAAAAAGAUGGUCGUCGCGCUUGUUGAUAUGGAACGUGCCUUUGUUCCUCCCCAACAUUUCAUCCGCUUAGUGCAAAGAAGAAUGGAAAGGCAGCGUCGGGAGGAUGAGUUAAGAAAUCGAUCUUCUAAGAAAACACAGGAAGCUGAACAGUCAACAUCUAAGAGGGCCUCCAGUCCCCAAACAGAUGCUGAGCAAGGUGGUGGCAGCUUAAAAUCAACGAAAGACAAAUCUGGCCAGCAAGACAAGGACGCAAAAGAGGGAUCAAACUUGCAGGUUGCUGGUCCUGCUGGUGAAAUUACUGCAGGUUAUCUCUUAAAGAAAGGUGCAAAAACUAAUGGGUGGAAGAAAAGAUGGUUUGUUCUUACUGAGAAGAGUGGAAAGCUUGGGUACACAAAGAAACAAGAGGAGAGACAUUUUCGUGGUGUCAUCACUCUUGAGGAGUGCAACCUUGAGGAGGUAGAGGAGGAAGAACCUUCUAAAAGUUCAAAAGACUCAAAAAAGGCAAAUGGAUCAGAAAAAACACCAAGUCUUGUAUUUAAGAUUACUAACAGGGUCGCAUACAAAACAGUCCUAAAAGCUCACAGUGCUGUUGUGUUAAAGGCUGAGAGCAUGGCUGACAAGGUUGAGUGGGUAAAUAAGAUCAAAGCUGUUAUUCAAAGCAAAGGGGGUUCUUUCAAGGGUCAAAGUGCUGAGGGUGGUUCAAUGAGGCAAAGCAAUUCAGAUGGCGCUUUAGAUACUAUGGCACGGAGACCUGCUGAUCCUGAGGAAGAACUUAGAUGGAUGUCUCAAGAAGUUCGUGGUUAUGUUGAGGCUGUUUUGAGUAGUCUGGCAGCAAAUGUUCCGAAGGCUAUCGUGCUUUGCCAAGUGGAGAAAGCAAAGGAAGACAUGCUUAACCAGCUAUACAGCUCAAUAAGUGGGCAAAGCAACGCUAAGAUUGAAGAGCUUCUUCAAGAGGACCAUAAUGCUAAGCGCAGAAGGGAGAAGUACCAAAAACAAUCAACUCUCCUGUCAAAACUUACUCGUCAACUCAGUAUCCAUGACAAUAGGGCAUCUGUUUCCUCUUAUUCUAAUGACACCACUGAAGCUGAGAGCCCUCGAACACCGAACCGCUCAGGUGAGGACUGGAGGUCUGCCUUUGAUUCCGCAUCAAAUGGGCCUGUUGCUGCAAGCACAAACAGUGAAUCAAGGUCGAGAAGUACUGAUGGCCGCAGUCGGCGCUACGAGAAUGGGGAUGCUAGUCCUCGCAUGAGCUUGCAUGCAAUCCUGAGAUUGUUUGCCAACACUGGGCGCACCUGGAGCCCGUGCAGGUGCCGCCGCCCGCCUCCGGGCAUACGCCCAGAAUGGCACACUUGCGCUGCAAGAUCUGUGCUGCCACAUUCUUCGCCUCCAACCUGUCGCGCCACCGCUUGCCACUGCCGCGGCGUCCUCCGUGGUGCCCAUCUCCUCCUUCUCGUCCUUGUCGCAGCCUCGCUCCUCCACCGGCGGCGGUGCCUGCGUCCUUGUCGCAGCCUCGCCCCUCCACCGGCGGCGGUGCCUUCAAGCGUACGCAGCCAUGGAGGCGGAAGCGGUGCCCUCUUCGCAGUUCCAGUGCGUUGCCAAUGGAACGCCGUCGCGUGCUCUGCUCGUGGCCUCGUGCGAAUGGUGAAGGCGCCGAGUCUACAAGUACAGGAGCUCCUCCAAACGACGUUGCCCACGGAAUUGACAGAAUGGCAACGAAGGGAACGUAAGAUUAGCCCUGAGGCUCCUAGGGACCCCGUGCAUGCUGCUAGAAUCCGUAGAGCAGACCGUGCUCGGCCGGGUGCAAAAGGGCAGGUGGUGGCAAAGCCGAUGACCCUAGUGCCGGUGGUGGUGACGGACCCGUCAGGCGGCACGCUGGGGAAGGAGGCCUUCAUGAUCGGCCGCACGCUGGAGACCGUGGCCACUGCGACGCAGACAGCGGCUAUUCAAAACACGUAUGUCGUGCGCGACGAAGAGGAAGGUCAAGCUCCGGAACGUCCUCUCCUCUCAAUACGCUCUACUCUGUCAAUGGUGACUAUAGGUUUCAUGGCCGCGCACAACUCGAGGAAGAAGCUACCGACGAACAAGAGGAUGACUUGGGAGGAUGCCAAGAGGGUGAUGUCCACGUACAUACGGAACAAGUCGGACAUGGCGACCACGCCGGGCGGCGUGUAG